AUGGACACUCCCUCUAUUUCUCCCCUCAGUACCACUUCGAGGACUGCUAUUCCUUCGACCCUCGAUCCCAUCCCGCUAGAGCUCCAACCCACUGAACAACCCCAUCAACUCGAUCAUGUCGACCAAAGCGACGGUUCGAGCAGUCUGAGCGACUAUGACGCCGAAUUCGACGAUCAAGACCAGAGAGACAACAACGAUCGGGACUCAGAAGCAGAAACUGAACGUCUUGAACGCUCUCCUGUCAAGUCAUGGAUUCCCUCUCCGACAAAACUAAAUCAAGCAGAAGUUCACUCUGAGCCUGCCUCUUCGCCAGAACCUCAACCUCAGUCGCCCUCACCCACACAAGCUCGCCUAGCCUCUCCUGCAGCCAUCCCAGGUAGAAAACGCAAAAGGCCGAGUCCAAUUAGCGACGCCGACAGUCCUCUCUCUGAACACUCCGACUCUGAGGAAGCACUCGCUCUCAGUCACACCAACCAUGUCGAUCAGCUCCCUGAAAGUCGACAAGAAACACCAGAACCUAACGACGAAGCUGACGAAAAUCCUUACAUCUCUCCAAUGAAGGCUGCUCGUCUGAAGAGAGCCAAGCAANAAAGCAAACAGAUUCGCGACACUUCUCCAGCCGCUGAGACUGUUGGACAAGAGCUAGAAGACGACGAGGCCGACGAGACGAACGAUGGCGACGACGAGACAAGAAAGCGCGCCACCGAAGCCUUCACAGCUAUCGUCGAGCAGUUUCAAACAUUUCGCGCCAAUCUGCCGAACGCAACACACCCCGACUUCCUGGCCAUGCUGCAAUGCAUUACAGCUCGACGCGACACCAAGAUUCAGCAAGAGAUAACACUGCACCGCUACAAGCUCGGCACUCUUCGAACGCAGGUGCUUGCAGAACGCGCCCAACUGCACACCCAAUACUUCCAGGAAGCAAGAGAGCUGCGCGACUCGCUACUGGAGCAGCUAGGAAAGCAAUGGUACGACAUACAGAAAGAACGUCGCCAAUUCCAGGCCGACCAACAGGAUCAGUACUCGUACAAGUUUCCUACAAAGCGCUCAGACCAAGUGCGCAACCAGGAGAAGUACAAUCGCGAAGUCUCAAUCUUGUCUGGUAUGGCCAAGUACCGAGGCUUCCCUGCUGCGCCAGAUAUUCAAGGCGCACGGACGAAUGAGCUUGACGAUGACUUCAAGGCCAUGCAUAUCCCACGCAGGCAAACGCUGCCUCAACAGCAAGGCCCCGCUUACCAAANNAAUCCUGUGCACAUGCAUUCGGCUCCUGCAUCAGUACGUACUGCCGAGGAAAGAUUCAUAGAACAGACUCCAUGGGCCAACCCUCAGCAUCCUUUGCAUCAUCAAUCGCGAACUCCUGGUCCAUUCGGCACCUAUGGCAUGCAUCUUCAACCGAACUUGAUGCGCCAGGGCUCUGCUCCAGGCCAGCGCACUGCUUCUCCUUUCACCACUCCUCUACCAAACCCAGCUAAGCGUGCCGAUUACCCACAGAAUGGUCUUGGCUCUAACGACACCAUUGGCAUUCCCAGCGAUCCUCCCUCAAGUGCAGUACCACAGACUGGAGAACGUUUUGCCCAAGGGCCACCUGGUGAUAUCUCACCGACUGAUCAGCUCAAAGUACGCUCUGCAUUAGGCAAUCCGUUGAACAACCGUGGGGAUAGGCGGGAUUUCUCAGGCUUGUCUAGUGCUUCGACAAUCGAGACACCGAGUGACCCAGCCGAGGUAGAUCGCCAUGGUGUACCAUCACAUACAAGCGCGGCACCAAAUGGCUUACCUUUGCAACUCCCUGUCGAACAUUCCGCUCCCCAGCAAGCCUUCGUCACGAGCGCAUUGCAUACGCAAAACGGAAAGCCAGAAGAUCGCAAGCCAGAACUUUAUGAGAAUAUCAAUUAUAGAAGGCCACAGCUGGGCGCAUUUGGCACACCGAUGCCUCUGUUCGGCGCCAAUUCUCCUGCACAUCAAGAUGGCCAGAAAGCAUCAUAA